GAUUUAGCACUCGAUUUAGUUCUAUAAUGUCUGGGCGCGGUAAAGGAGGCAAAGGUCUCGGAAAAGGAGGUGCAAAGCGUCACCGAAAGAUCCUUCGUGACAACAUUCAAGGUAUCACUAAACCAGCUAUCCGUCGUCUUGCUCGUCGUGGCGGUGUUAAGCGAAUCUCUGGCCUGAUCUACGAGGAGACUCGUGGCGUUCUUAAAGUUUUCCUUGAGAACGUGAUCCGUGAUGCAGUGACAUAUACCGAGCACGCUAAGAGAAAGACUGUGACAGCCAUGGAUGUGGUGUACGCUCUGAAGAGACAAGGCCGCACUCUCUACGGAUUUGGUGGUUAAAUGACUCAGUCUACUAAAAUAGAACUAACGGCUCCUUUAGGAGCCACCAAAUCUUACAAAAGUCGUGACCAAUAAAGGUUGAUUGAUAUU